GAGUUCUUGUUAUUUUGGCUCCAGAACUUGUUUCUGAUUGAUUGAAAAUCAGUAAUGACAGCACGCUGCACUUUUUAGUGAGAACACCGUCCUUUCUUAAUCUAAAUGUCUUUCAUCCGCAUUUCACUGUUGUACUGAAAAAUGAAAUAGUUUUCACAAAAUCAGUGCAGUGAACCUUUACGAACUUCAUUUGUAGGAGUAAAUGUGGCUGGAAAAGGCGUAAAGAUAUAUAGGAUGGAGUUAUAUAAAUGUGACUGGUAAAGAUCAAAUAAAAUACUUAGUAUGGCAUCUGAAGACAUUGCCCAAGGUCAAUAUGUCAUUGAAUGUGACAUCUGCAAACAACCAGUCUCGUUCUUCUGCAGACGAUGUGGGUUCAAUCUCUGCGAUCCUUGUGUUCCGGUGCAUCUCCGGAUUAAGUCCAAAACCGGACAUGACGUGGUGGAUUACGCCAGUAGAGAUGAUGACGACACCUCUAAAAUUAAAGAACUGAUGGAAACCAUUACGAAGGAAAACGAGCGACUACAAAACUACAAGUAUGAACUCAAGAAAAUCAUAGAUCAAACACAACAGAGAUUAUCUUCAUUAUCCAAAAUUUACCAACAGAAGAAGGAUGAAGUGACGUCACUAGGAGAGGAGUGGCACAGACAGAUAGACAAAACCGUGAAGACGCUCCACCAGGAACUGGACGACAUGCAAAAGGAGCACGAAUCACUACUCCGGAAACAGAAGAGAGAAUUGGAAGAAAUUUUAGGAAAAGUUGAUGAAAUAAACACCGCGACAAUGAAGCUGAACAAUUCACAGAAUGUUAUAGAAAUGAAGAAACUGAUACCAAUGAUUGAAAACCAGGAAACUCCCUCGGAGAUUACACAGUACUCGUUUCCGGUGUUUUACAAAGGUGACAUUGACGACAACUAUUUGAAAUCGUAUUUCGGAUACAUUGAGAAUGUACAAGAAAGAAAGAUUUCUCUGCCGAGAUUGAUAUCUGAAGACGCUGUGAUUUCGAAUCACAAAAUAUUAGAGCUGCCGAAAGUUGUCACAGCUAUAGACACAGGGUUUCCUGCUAGUGGAAAGUAUAACGCUCGUCUAUACGAUAUUGCUAUUAUUGAUGAUAACAGAGUGUGGAUGGGAGGAGCAAGUAAAACACUCAAGUUGUUUGAUUUCCAGGGAAACCUCCACGACACUGUCACCAUCACAACACACGGUAUGUACUUCACUGUAUACAACAAACACGUGAUUUACACUACACAGCUCAGUAAAACUGUGUGUAGAGUAGCCGAGGAUAAAACGAUCCAGACGAUGUUUACAACCGGGGAGUGGAGACCAUUCGGCAUUACGAGUAGCGCGUCAGAUGACCUACUGGUCUGUCUCGGUAAAGAUGACCAGUCCAAAGUCGUGCGAUACAGCGGUACCGGUACCGUACUCCAGGAAAUCCAGUACGACUCACAGGACCAGCCUCUGUACCGAGAUGCAACUUACAUCACUGAGAAUAUCAACGGGGACAUCAUCGUGACAGACUGGAAGAAAAAGGCUGUGACUGCUGUCGAUAGAUUAGGAAGAUUUCGGUUUUCUUACUCUGGGAGGGACAAUAAGUUUGAUGUCAGAGUCGUCACUUCUGAUACUGCCGGUCACGUUAUCGUUACUGACUUUCGCGACAAGAUCCACAUGUUGGACAGGGACGGGCGAUUCCUGAGAUAUAUCAUUCCAGAUCAAGGGAUUAAUAUGCCACGCGGUGUGUGUAUUGUCGGGGACGGGGAGAUGUUUGUUGGGGAGGAAAAUACCGGUAUAGCGAAAAGAAUCAAAUAUUUGGAGUAAUAAACAGAAUGAAUUGUAUGUUGUUUCGCAGGACAUGUUUUGUUAUGGAAUAAA